AUCUAGACGCGGCGUUUUGUUUGUGGCUCACACAUGUUAGCUAGCCUGUUAGCACCGCUGCGGGAGCAGUUGGCCGCCUCCUCGGCUUGUCUUUAACAAAUUACAGACGCUAAUCAUUUAGGGAAAACAUUGAAGGUCGUCUCUACGUCUCUGCGUCGUUAUUUAACCAGCGGGGGGCUCCCCCCUUUCAUUCUUCAUCAGCACCCGCAUGAAUAAUAGCUGAUCACUGAAUCAUGAAGGUGAACAAAACCUCACAGGUGAAGGGCUCCGCUAAAUCUCAGAAGUGGAAGGAUGUGAGGGGGAAAAGGUGCAGGCCUCCCAUCAGUGCCUCGGAGCUCAACUCUAGUCCCGUCAUGGCCAGGAUGGCGAAGGAGCACCAGGCGUCUGUGAAGAAAAAGCCCACCGUAAAGAGACUGAAGAACAAGGCGAAAAACGUCUCUAACGCCAAGAAAAGCAGCCCUCAGUCUGGAUUUAAGAAAUCUCCCGCACAUGCUAAUGGAAGUUCAGGGUUUACAAUGGACGAGUCAGAGGACUCGCAGGACUGAAAUGUACUCGAUUGCAGAUCUUUGCCAAUUAAUCGUGGAGCAUACCUGAUCCUUCUGCAUGAUGAGCACUGCGUGGUUUUUUCAUCAUCUCUCUCUGCACACUCAUGGAGAGAUGGUCGAAAAAACCACGCAGUGCUCAUCAUGCAGAAGGAUCAGACCCUGUGUUUCCGUGGGAAGUGCUAUUUGACCUGUCUGUACGGACGGGUAGAAGUGAUGGGGUUCACCAUCGAGGAAGGCCAGCAGUCAUAUCCACUCUUCUCCCCAGCCUCACAUUGUCCGCUGACCGUUACAGCACUGGAAAGCUCCGGUCAAACCAGAGACGACAGAACAGAGGCUGCACCCAUCCUCCGAAAGUAUCUGCCCUCAGCAUCAUGGAAGAAGUUACUAAAAAGGAUCAGGUCAAACUCGUCCAUCAUCCUACUGGAGCCCAUGGAGACGCCUCUGACACGGUUUCUGUCGAGCUUCACAGAUCUCAGUGAACUGUUCAGCCCCCCGAUGAGUGAACUCAUGUCAGCUGUCCUCGACACUCCGCUCAAUGGUCUCGGUAUGAUUCCCCUGGUCAAAGACAUCGAGGGUCUGAAAAUGUCAAGGAGCUACACAGAUGCUCUGAACCAGGUGGUCAGUGCCUGUAAAGGGGACAUGGACGGUUAUGCAGUCAUCCUUGUUUGUGGUACCAAGAAUGUGGGCAAGUCAACAUUUAUCCGCACCCUCAUCAAUACCUUACUGAAUCACACUACUAGUGUUGAUUAUUUGGAGGGUGACCUCGGUCAAACAGAGUUCACUCCCGCUGGUUGUCUGUCUCUGUCGACUGUCAGAGAGCCUCUUCUGGGUCCUCCUUUCACACAUCAGUAUACACCGGAGCACAUGAUCUACUACGGUCAUUCAUCAUGCGAGUCGGACUUAGAUCGCUACCUGGAAUGCCUUAAGUCCUUGUGGCGUAGACGGUCUCAGAGCAGAGAGACUCCUGUCGUUAUCAACACCAUGGGCUGGGUCAAAGGAUUUGGAUUUCAGCUGCUAGUGGACAUGAUCCGCUUCUUCCCUGUCUCACACGUCGUCCAGCUCGCUCAUGGCGGCAUCACCCAGUGUCCCGCCCUGACUCCAGAGUUUCUGAGGACGGCACACGGCUUCCAGACGCACCCACCUGCCCAGACGGCUCUGGCCGAGUUCACGGAGAGCCACAGUCCUCCCCGAAGUUACGCUCACCUUAUUGUACAGUCAGAGUUUACAGGAGUGGGACGCCAAGGAACAGCGAAACAUCAGCGCACUAACGAGCACAGAGAGCUGUCGCUGCUGGCCUACCUGAGUCAGCUGCAGGCUCCAGACCCGGGACCAAUUAGACCUCUACACAGCCUCACGCCGUACCAGGUGCCCCACACAGCGGUGGCUUUAGGUGUGAUCCACUGCGAGGUCGUUCCCACUCACAUGUUUUAUGCUGCCAAUGCCAGUCUGGUGGGACUCUGCUGCCUGGGAGAGAAAGUGGCGAGCAGGGGAGGCCCGGUUCUCUUGUCGCAGGCUCCCAUCUGCCCAUGUGUGGGCUUCGGUGUUCUUCGCGGUAUCGACAUGGCGCGAGGUCUGUACUUUUUGUUGACGCCUGUAGAUCCCUCCAUCCUUCGUAAGGUCAACUGCCUCCUUUUGGGAGCGAUAUCACUGCCUUCCUGCAUCCUCACAACACAGCCUGGCUUUGAGGGAGAGAUGCCCUAUGUCACUACAGACUACAGUUUUGAUCUCACUGGUGCUGGAAAGCUGCGAGUCUUCAAGGGACUGGCGAGACCCAGUCAAAUGGGGGGCCACUGACAUUUUCUGCACAGCAUCAGUUUAUUGCUCUUUUCCCUUCCUCACUGGUGUCUCACUCCAAACCAGUCAGCGCCGGCCUUUGAAUGUAGAGAACUGAGUCUGAGCUGGACAGUUUUUGUUUUUUUGUCUGACAGAGCAGCCAGGAUCACAGACUCUGCAGGACGAGAGGCUGCCUUCCUGUCACCGGACUGAAGCCCCCACCACGUCUUACAACCUCCUACUGUACGUAUAUUUGUUGGCGCUGUGAAGGAGUUUUUGUGUUUUCUGUCACAUGGACAAUAAUAUCACACUUUGUACUUAAAGCUCUUGUUUGAUGUCUCUUCUUUUUUUGUCGUCGGCAUUCCAAAGUUGCAAAUGAAUACAAAAACCUGCCAGAUAUUAAAUGAGAAACAUCUACGGA